GACCUGAGCCCAUUUUGUUCAAUCGCCUCUCGUCUCCUCUCCUCCCUGUUUUCCAGCGAUGAUGCAGACUGUACCCUCUUCAUCUCGGCUUAAACUGGAUGUCUCAAUCAUUCUUCAUCAGCUCUUCGCUGACGUGCUCUUCUCCAGAUUCACCUGAAUUAAACCGGAUAAGGACCUCAGAUGUCAUGAAGACCCAGGCUCCAAAUUAGACAUGAUAUUCAACAUUCACAUUUCUGACAUGCUGAAAAUAGGCUCCUGCUCUGCCAGUAGGACAGCUUGAUGGGCAGACAGACUUUUUGAUACUUGAUGAUGACGACGAUUUAUUUUAAGUGCUCUUGAGGCUGCCACAAACUCAGAGCUGAUUUCAUAAUGUGUGAGCAAGAAGAGCCCUUUGGUGAGGGGGAGUUAAGGAAUAACAACCAGCAGGGUGGCAUGCUGGCUGAUGGCGACGCCAAUGCCAAUGACAUUCGGACAGAAGAUGGUGGGAGAACUGGGGAUACUGGCUGUCUGUCAGGACUGAUAACUGAAACAGCAGAGCAAGACAAAGUCAUCAUCUGGGGCACAGACUCUCAGUGUGAUGACCCUGAGCUGGCUGAAUUUGAGAUGUUAGAGUGUCAGGAGUUGGAGGCUUAUCUUGUUGAGGAGGAAGAGGACUUUGUUGGGCUUGCAGAGCGGAAGGAGCUUCAAGAACAGCCGUCAUCAUGCAGAAAAUCCACAGCAGAAGAGGCGAUAGAUUAUAAGGGCAGGGAAGAAAGGAAGUCAAUUCUGAACGGUGCCAGUGAGCAAGAAUCCAAUGACUCUCAUGUCUCUGAGAGCAGAGAAGCUUCCAAGACUGAGUUAAGCUCUGAAGCUGAUGUCUUUGUAUCCUGCCUGUCCACCAUUUCAAGCAUGGCCACUGCCAUGGACACUGUUGGCAAGAACCAGAUGACAGACUCCUGGCAUAUUGCCUCUGGUCCUCAUUCAACCAUCUCAGAGGACCUGACUUCCCAGAUUUGCACCACUAUCUCUGAGAGAGGCAAGGCCUCUCAAAUAGUUGAUGAUUCUUCUCUUUUUGCUAGAAAAAGCACAAUAACCCAGAAAGAUGUAGAUAUGAAUUUGAAUUCAGCAGUUCAGUCAGAUGAUGCUGUAUCACAGGCACAUGAUGUCAGUGGCAAGCACGGGACAAAUAAUAACCAGAGAAAUAAAGCAAAGGGUAGUGUUUUGGAGGUAAAUUGUACUGAGCACAAGGCUUUAACCUCUCCGACAAAAUGUCAAAAAGAAAGCAACGCUAAAAUAGAUAAAAGCACACAAGCUGAUGAAACCCCUGAUGUGAACUACAGGGCUCUCAGAACAGGUACAAAGGGGACUCAGUCAUGUAUUGAACCUAAAGCCAUAAAGAAACAAGGCUCGUUUGAUAACACACUGAAGAAACAAAGCUCUUUUGAUAAAAGUCUCAAAAAGCAGCCUUCAUUUGAGAAUUCUUUAAAGAAGCAGCUCUCUUUUGAUAACACCUUAAAAAAGCAGGGCUCCUUUGAGAACACCACCACUCCCAGCUCUUCAAGUCUGGAAAGGAGGAAGCCAUGGGGAAGCCCUAGUCGACCAGCAACUCCUACAUCCCCUAAAACCACCUCCUCUUCGUCACCUAAGAGACGACCUCCUGGUUCUCCAGCUAAGGUCCAGGGCAUCAGGGCACUGAGCCUGGAGCGCAGUGACUCCUCUCAAAGAGGAAUAAGUCAAACUGUCAAGCCACAUGCUAAGACCACUUUGAGCAGUGGAAUCCCCAAACCUAUCAUGCCUCAACAGAAGGAGUCCGAACCCAGGAGAUCUUCGCCCCCUCAGAAGCCCAAAAACGUGCGACCAAAAAUCAUCACGUAUGUUCGAAAGAAUGCUCAAGCAAAACCACCACUCACCGAUGCACUAAAUGAAGCCUCCACACACACAUCAAGAUUACCCUCUUACUCCAACCCACCAGCUCUCAAAGAUCCAAAGGUUGCUUCUCAAACUAAAUCCACACCAGUGCUCUGUUCCUCAAACCUGCUAUUUGACAAAUAUCGACAGGAGAUGCAGAAGACAGGAUACUAUCCUCCAGGUGUCGCUGUGACUGGAGUAAAACCUCCAAGCAGCACUCUCCCUCAACGGAGCGGAAAGCCAGACAGCUUCCAGGAGGCAUCAGACAAAUAUCUUCAAGAGCAGCAUGUUUCCCCUGAAGGAGGUGGUGUCUACCGCUCGCCGAGAACCCUGAGGCCUCAGCUUGGGCUUGGUGCAGUCACCAGGCAGCCCGCAGCCAAGCCAAGAGUUCAGCAGGCAGGUCAAAGGUCAGGUCCCUCACAAUAUCUGGCUGCCAAAGUGUCCACCCCAGGCCAACAAGAUCUGGCAGGAGAGCCCAGGAGGGCAGGUCCAGAAACCACACCAAAAAGCCUCCUGCUCAAAUCAGGCCAGUCUGGCCUUCGACCUCCAGGUUUCUCUGCCCUUCCAGCUUCCCGUCUGGCUUCUCUAGGAUUUGUCCGGAGCUCCAGUGUCUCAUCUGUAUCCAGCAACCAGUCUAAUGAAAGCACCCACAGUGACCCAGGCCGAGGUUCUCAGCAUCCCAGCAGUGGCAGCGAUGACACACCUCAACAUAAAGCCACAGCACCAACCAGAGAAGCCUCCCCUGCUCAGAGCCGCCCUCACCCUCCUAAUGCCCCCAGCCUCCAGCGGCGCAGUCUGCCACCACAGCACUGCUCCCCACUAGCAACUAGGAGAGAUUUACAGAAGGAUACAGAGGCUGAGCUGUCACCAAAAUCCUCCCCUAAAAGACUUGCAGUGGUUUCUCCCAAGCCACAGUCCCCUGUUCGUGGUCGGACAACAGCAGUUUAUGGUGCCGUUCAGACUGAAAAGGCACAGGAGGUGGAUCGCGCUCAGAUCCAGCAGCUGCGGGAGCGAUGUGAGCGGCAGGCCCUGCAGCUACAGACUCUGCAGGCUCAGUUAAAGAAAGCCUCGCUGUGCCUGGAUGUUUUCAGCAUCACUACCCAGCACUUCUGUCACAAGAGUGAGAGUGCCAUUGUGAAGGAGAGGGAACUGUCCCUGGAGCUUGCCAGAAUCCGUGAUGAAGUGGCUGUCAGUGUUGCACACUGGGAGCAGUUGCAGCAGGAGAAGGAGGAACUGGAGCGUCGUUUUGAGUCUGAGCUGCAGGGAUUGCGGGCUCAGCAGCAGAAGGAGCUGGGAGCGCUGGAGGAGCGGCUGAAAGCACAGCACGUGGAUGAGACGAAUAGUCUGCAGGCCCUGCAGCGAGCUGAGCUGGAAGAGCUACACUUCAAACAGCAGGAGCAGCUUGAGGAGAUGAGUCAGAACCAUGAGGCGUCCUUGAUGGAGAUGGAGACGGCUCACAAUGAUACACUGGCCACUCUGCAAGAGGAGCAUGCCAGGACUGUGAAGAAUUUGAAGAUGGCCCAUGAACAACAGAGGAAGUCUUUGGAAGAAGAGUUUGAAAAGAUCAGACUGUCACUGCAGGAUCAGGUGGACACACUGACAUUUCAGAACCGUAGUCUCAGAGAUCGAGCAAAACGAUUUGAAGAGGCUCUCCGCAAGAGCACAGAUGAGCAGAUCGUGGAUGCUUUGGCUCCCUAUAAACACAUUGAGGAGGACCUGAAGAGCCUCAAAGAAGUUCUGGAGAUGAAAAAUCAACAAAUCCAUCAGCAGGAGCUGAAGAUUUCAGAACUGGAGAAAAUACAGGCUGCAAAGAAUGUGUUCCUGGAGGAGAAACUACAAGUGUUACAACAGCAGAAUGAGGACCUGAAGGAACAAAUAGACAAGAAUCUCGCUGUGUCCAGGCAACUCUCUGAAGAGAAUGCUAAUCUGCAAGUGAACGUGGAGAAGGAGAGCAAUGAGAAGAAGCGCCUCAGUCGCACCAAUGAGGAGCUGCUGUGGCGGCUACAAACCGGCGAGCUGAGUCCUCGCAUGUCCCCCAGCUCCUCCCCUAUCCAUCGGCCACCCUCUGGACAAGGCUCUCCUGCCCGUCCACACUCGUACCACCAGUGAUGCUCUUCCGGAAGUUCUCGUCACCAAAAGCUUUUAGCUGGAAUCAGAAGGCCUCAUUUGUUUUAAACCUCUUGGGUGAAUGUUUCUCUCAAUCAGAAGAGGGAUGGACGUUACACUAUAUAGUCGGGCAAACACAAAUAGGUCUGUUUGUUGGAAAAAUCCACUUGCCUAUGUGAUUUAAAGUUUGAACCCCACUGACCUAACCAAUUGUACUGAUCAUCACACCUGUUACUAAAAGAAGGAAUUCUCUGCCCUCAGAUUUUCUUACUCCACAUGACGCCCCACACAGCAGAAGCACUGAAAAACUCCCACAGAUUGUAGAUUGAUUGGAGAGCAGAAUGAAAAUCACGGUGCCUCAUUUCCAUGUUUUCGCCUACAUCUCCAUCUUCUCAUCCAGCGCUCAGGAUGAUGGAUGUACAAGACAUAAUGAUAAUCAAAAGUGCAACAACAAACACAAAAAGCGCCUUUUGCCAUCCAUUCCCUCCCACCAGCAGCAUCCACCAGGACAAGGAAAAUUAUUUUUGUGAGUAAAAUCACAAAACUACCUACAGUAUUACUCUCAGUUCAGAUUCUUCUCUGGGGCUUAUUAUCCUUUUCAAGCUGAAAUGUUGUAGGAGUUUAUGACUGACUAUCAAGCCAUUUAACCUCAAUCAUCCAUGCUACUUUCUAACUUGCGUAUUAGCAUUGACCUGAAAUGUGUGGCUACAUUCAGUACAACAACAACCCAACUUAUAUCUUCUGAACUGCCAACACACAGUCAACGGUUUUCCUGACCAUACUUUGUAAAAUCUGUACAUGUAUUGCUCUCUUUAAAGCAUGAUCUGUCUUCCAGUUAUAAUUAACUAUAUUUUAGGACUGCCUACAGUGUGAUGAAGUGGCACGGAAGGGCAGUGGAGCAUCGCGAUUUAAAAGGAAUUUCUUAUUAACUCGAACAGGAUUCAUUAAAGGUAAAACAUUGCGUUAUACAUUUCACACUAGGUGAGUUGAUGCCCUUCACCCUUCAGAUGAAUUAAUAUAAUAGACUGCUCAAAAAGUUAACGCUUGAUCACCACAGUAUAAAGCAAAGUCAGUUAAACUUCAGGAACAUUAGUCUGUCUGGUUAGGAAGCAAAAAUUAUUACUAAUCAAUUUAAUCUUUGUGCAAAUGAAACAACAAGAAAAGCUCCAAGAAGGUAAAGGUUUAACAGGUGUUCACAUAGAUCUGUGCUUAUUCCUUAUCCUUUCAGAAUGAUCUUUCACUCAGAGAUUGUGGAGAAGACCCCAGGCGGGUUGGGCUGUUAUAUGAGCAGACCUGGGCAGGCCGUAGAUCUGCUUGUAUCUGCUCCUUUGUGCAGGUUACUAGCAAAGCCCUAGAAAAUGACCUCCAGUAUGCCAUUGGUGUACACGUGUCUGACCAAACUGUCAAAAAUGGACUCGACGGGCACGAUGUUCUUACAUUCUUCUGUGACCUGCGCUCACAGCCCAGCAACAUGCAGCCCGAUUUCACCCAAGAACACCAGAAUUGGCAGGUCUCCCACUGACGACCCAUUCUUUUCACAGAUGAGAGCAGUUUCACACUGAGCAUACGAGACACAGAAAUGAGUCUAGAGACACCGUGGGGAACGUCAUGCUGCCUGUAACAUCAUCCAGCAUGACUGGGCUUACAGUAGGUCAGUGAUGGUCUGGGGAGGCAGAAUUACACAGGUCCUGCAAAAAGACAUAUCGAGACUGUCUUGUGACAGUAUGUUCAAAAACAUGACUAAACUGCCAGAGGUCAUCUUGAGGGGUUCUGGCUCCACCUGUUCUUCCUUGCGCUAAGGAGCAGAUACUGGUUUUGCAGCUAGGUUGAUGCCCUGUUCUCUCUUAAUAUGACCCCUCUUUUUUCAUCUUCUGGUGCCAUCAUGGAGGAGCUGGGCUACCUGUGCAGGCACAGUCUCAUGCUACCAGUAGUGACAGUGACACAAGCAAAGAGCAAAACUACAGAAAAAUAAGAAAGGAUAAGAGAAGACAGUGGUGUAUGGUCACCACAUGCAGCACCAUUCAGUGUUUGGUGGAUCUUCUUGAUGCUUCUCCAGUGCUGCUGUUUUUGCUUCCUUACUGGACAGACUAAUUCCUGACGUCUAGCUCAGUUUGUGUUAUACUGUGAUGAUCAAGUGUUCAUUUUUUGUUGUUGUUGAGCAGUUUAUAAACAUGUCCGACAAAGUGAGAAUGCAGACUACGUAGAAACCACCAAAGAGGAAAUCAUUGAAUACAGCAGUUCAUUUAGUACUGUAGCUGUCAUAUGGUUGGACUUAAUUGCUGCCGAAUCAGCCAUAAAUGGUGCAGACGUUGCAAAACAUUUAUCUGUUUUGUUGCAUUUUAAGAUUAUACUGUCAGGGCUCUGGCAGCUAGCUGAAACCGUUGCUGUUUUCUCUGUUGCUGUUUAGUAUUAUUUUGAGUGUUUGUGCCUGUUUUCACCACAGAAAUCUUUAUAGAGAAAGAAUUGUAACCGCAAUUGACAAAAAACCCCAAACUGACUACAUUUCCAUCAAAAUAAGCACGAGAGUCUGAUUGCAAUGUUACCUCAUUUCUCAUUGUAGAGAAUAAUCUCAGGUCUUGAGGAGAAUUAAGAGUCAUCAAAAGGAAGCAACUGCCUUUUUUUGUAUUGUGUUUUUUUCAUGUUUACAUAACCACCUGUCUCAAAUGUCUGUUUUGCCAGAUAACAUUUCUAGAAAUUUUAUUUGGAUGUAAGCGUUCUGUAAAAAACUAUUUUAAAGAGCCUAACACAGUCAGGAAACACAUAAGAAUUAAGUGAAAUGGGAUUUUAUGACAUUAAUAUAUUAUUGUAAUAAAGCAGGCUUUCUUUUAUCCAUUCCCUCGGACAUAAAGUAUGGAAAUCUGCUGAAAUAGGGAUUUGGUUCUAGGUGAGUUAAAUUUACUGUUAUACAAGUUGAUUAUGUUCAUCGCUGGUGGGUGUUUUGAAAGGAAGUGGAAAUGAUGGCUCUCUCCAUCAGGUACUCUGAUUGCACUGAAUGCCUCUGUGUCCUGUGGACAUGACCUUGUACUCAUUUACUGAAUGUUUGUCCGACACUAGAAUAAGUGGUUUUGUUUACAGUUUACGUCCAAUGUCAGAAAAGGUUGCUGCAUCGCCUUGCUAUUGUUUACAUGAUUUAUGUUCCUAUUCAGUAUUUCAGAAACUCAUGCGCUGGAUACGUUUGUGUGAAAGCAUGCCUUUAUAAGGUUUACGUGCAUUGUUUUUACCUUACACUUCCUGUGCAUUUAUUUAUUUAUUUAUUGUCAUCCCUCAAAACUGUACCUGUAGCUUAGCUGGUUAACAUAUUGUGGUGAAUGAUGAGAAAUAAUGUCUAUACUGUAUAUGUUGCACUUUGUAUUUAAGUAUUAAAUCACAGCAAGUAUACACAA